UCUCUGCUUCCCACUUUCUUGUUUUCUUCUUCCUCGAAUCAUCGAAUUAUUAUCUCCCAUUUUUCUUCCGAAUCUGAAAACCCCAAUUCUUUGCUUCUUUCGAUCUUCAAUUCAAUAUCGAAAACCCCAUUUCGUACAAUUUUAGUAUUUCUUUUUUCAUGAACCGACCAUUUUUAUAGUUUUUUUUUUUGGUUGCAUGUGACGUUUGGUUUUGACCAACCAACUUGCUCAACAUGUCGGCUUGUCUUUCUCUUGCUUGAUUUAUAAGCAAGACAAAUAGUUUGUGCCCGUUUGUUAUCAUGUUCUUUUAAUUAAAUUAAUUUAAUAAACACUCUGAAAUUAAGUGAUUUAGAUGGAGAUUUUGUUGGGCAUCUGAACUCAAAGUCAACAGCCAGAUUUUCUUCCAAACAACUUAUUUUAGAAAAAAGGACGCAGGGGGCUUUCAAAUUGAGUAUUUGGAGUUUUACUGUCGUUGUUGCUGUGGCAGCAGUAUAAGAAAUUUAUGCCUGCAGAUGCAUUUUUGCAUCCUGUAGAAUGCUAUAGAUUUAAGGGUGUUUAUUUCAGCUGCAUGAAGAAAUGUCAAAGAACAUGGAAUGUAAGCCUCCUACACCAAGUGUUAUUGCAAAAUUAAUGGGCCUUGAUGAACUUCCAACUCAGCAACCUGUCAAGAAGCGGAAACAGCAAAGAGUGCUCUCAGAGAAUUAUCGUCGUAAAGUUGCUUCUAUAGGUGUUUGGGAGAAGCGGUCAUUUGAUGAACGCCGUUCAUAUAGGUUUGGCAUUGAAGAGCAAAAGGAGUUCAAGGAUGUAUAUGAAGUAAUAGAAUUAUUAGAGAGAGACAAGGAAAGUGAUUUGUUUGCUGAAAAGGGAAGAGUUGAUUUAAGAUCAUCAGAGGGAAAAAUUCCUAUUUUAAGUGGAAGUUGUGUAGAUGCAGAUUAUGUUCCAGUGGGUGUCAAGCUUCAACACUUGAAAGAAGUUCAUUCUGGACAACAUGGCCCAGGAUUUGUGGAUUCUAGAAAGGAUUAUUUUGAAAAUCAUUUUCAGAAUCCAGAUUGUUUGACCACCAAGCCUUUCUAUGAUCAAGAACGUGUCUCUUCUCACUUGCUUUCAGGGCAUGUAAGAAUCUUAGAGUCAGCAUAUUCUUUGGACUCUGAAAAUACUGAUAUAUACAGGGAAGUCUGGAAUAGAACUGAUCAAGGAAAUGCUAAAUUGCUUCAGCAACUUGAAAAUAAUCUUGUAAAAGAUUUCCAAACGAAAUAUGGACCUGAUAGUAUGUUUCCUGGAUGUCAUCUGGAAUCAAACAAUGAAAAACAUCCUUCCUUUAGAAAAGUUGUUGUUUUGAAACCAAACCCUGGAAAGGCAGAGGAUGCUUCUAGUGAAGGUUCUAGGAAAGACAAAGGUUUCCUCAGUCAUGGAAAAGGAAAUUCACAUACUCAAGUUAAAGAGAGGAAGAAUUUGUCCAAUGGUGUGAAAUCCACAGGGCAUAGAUCUAUCCCUUCCUGUGGAUCUGAAAAGGAAAUCACCAGAAAAACAAGGCAUAAGACAAGUGACAGUCCUUUGCAGCCACCAAGGUCACGAUUUAGUGGUGUUCACAGUCUUGCAAAAGAGCCAGAGUUAAUGAUGGUUUCUUCCCCAAAUUACUCUGAUUUGAACAACUGGUAUAAGCCCUCAUGCAACUACUUAGAUGGAUCAUAUAUGGCUCAGGAAGCAAAGAAGCAAAUCUCAGAAAGAUGGAGGAUGAAUAAAGAGUUUCUGGAGAAUGGACUUGCUUUUGGGGGUAGGCGCAGAAGCAGAACUCUUGGUGAAAUGCUUGCAUUGCCUGACUAUGAUAAAUAUGUGAACUUUCGUACUCCUUUAGGCAUUAGCAGUAGAGAUGGUUGGAAAAAAAUUGGUGUUGGAGACUUAAUAAAGUCCAGAUCUCCAGCAUAUUUUACAUCUGUUGGAAGUCCUAAAGCCAGGACCAGUCACAAAGCUUUCCAUGAUGAUUCGUGUAUGACUAUGAGGCCAAUGUUUUCUCUUAAUUGGUCAAGACUGAAGUCAAGUAAGCAGGGUUCCAGUGGGAAAGAUGAUCUGGAACGAAGAAACUCAGGAUCCAACUGCAAGAAGUCUCAAUCUAGUCCAUACUUAAAGUCAGAAAAGAAUCACUUGCUUGAAGACAAAUAUGUUAUCCAUUAUAUGUUAAAGAACAACCUUGAGAAGCAGGAUCGUGCUGAACAACAUUCUAUAGUUCGUAAGUCAUUAAAGCACGAUGUUGAUUGCUCUGACUCUGAAAAUGAAAUUACCCCAAUUGAUCAAUGGAAUGACAUUAAGGAUGGAAAUAUGUCUCCAGAAGGUUCUGUGGUGCCUGAGUCACCAAUGUGUACUGUUGCGUCCCCAAGCAUGGCAUCUGAUACGGUGGUUGCUAUAGAAAAUGUGUCUGUCAGCAAGUGUACCAGGAAUCAGAAACAGCCACAGUUUGAACCAAUAGGCUGCACCAUGUCAGAGAAAGACUAUGAUUCUUCUUGUAUCCCUGACGCUUCAAGUAAACAGGAAGAUAUAUCAAUGGAAAUAUCUGAAGAGUGUGGGACAGACCCUGACUCUCUCGUGAACUUGGAGAGAACUUAUCAGCCCAGUCCAGUUUCAGUUUUGGAAGCACCAUUUGGAGAAGAGGUUUUAUCCAACUCUGAAUGCUUUCACAGUGUCAGUGCUAGCUUACAUGGUACUAAGACAGAAGGAUUUCUUGACCUCUUGAUUCUCUUGCCCACUUUUAAUCAAUUU